GGAUAACUUAACAAAUUGUUUUCAACUAAUUUUCUUUAAGAAAUUAAUGAAGAUUCAGGGAGUGUUUGGAUCUCUUGCUAGGAAAAAUCAAAAGUUUCACAAAUUUUUACAUAACAAAUUUAUAAAAUAUUAGAAAGAUGUGAUUCUUUAUAAGGAAUAAUGAUAUAUCAUUCUGUAGGUGGAGGUUUUGGAGGAAGUUAUGCAUCAUAUUUAUUGUCCUAAUUUGAAGAUGAUUUUUCGAAAGUAAUUAAAUCAACUGUUUCUUUUUUAUCAUCAGAUUAGAACUCUUCUUCAACAAUCGUUGAGCCAUAUAACUCUGUUUUCACAAUAAAUCAAUUAAAAAAAUUUUCUGACUUUAAUAUUUUUAUUGAUAACCAUGCACUUCUUAAAGUUUGUGAGAACUAAUUAGAUUUAGAUUAGGCAAAUUAUGAUAUUUUUAAUAGAAUGAUUACUUAGAUGGUAUCGUCAAUUACAUCGUCAUAAAGAUUCAAUAAAGAUCAAUUCAUAGAUCUUUUGGAUUUGUAUUAAAAUUUAGUUUAACUACCGCAAUUACAAUUUUUACAUAGUUCAUUUGCUCCUUUUAUUUCAAAAGAUAAAGAAAAUACUAAAAUAAUUACUUUAUCUUCAAUUUCGGAAUCCCUUUUUAAUGAAGUAGGAUCAUUUAUGAAAUAUUCGCCAGAUCAUUUAAAAUAUUUUGGAGCUAAUUUAUUUUUUUAAGGAGAUUGUUCUUAUUAAGAAAUAUAAUCAACUAUAACUGAUCUUAAAUCUUUUAAAUCGAUUAAUUUUGCAGACUGGGUCCCAUUCAAUUAUCAAAUAGCCUUCAGUUAAAAAAGCACUAUUUAAUUUCCAAAUUGUGAGUUAGGUAGAACAAGUAAAACUGCUUGUUUAGUUGCUAAUUCUUUACAAAUAUUGAACCCUAUGAAAAAUAUUUAAUCUAGGUUUAAAAAUUUGUAUUAAAGAAAGUGCUUCCUUCACUGGUUUUUAACAAGAACUGAUAUGAAAGAAUCAUAAUUUCAAGAGGAUUUAGAAUUGUUUUCCUCUUUGAUUCUAAAUUACGAAGAAUUAAAGUCUAUUGAUUAAAUUUAAGAAAAAAUAAAUUAUGAGGAUGAAGUUUCGAUUGAAGAAGCAAGAGAUUAAAUAAAUGAUAAUAAAUGA